CCUGCAUUUUCCCCAUCGAUGAAGAGAUCUCAGAGUAUCGCGAAUUUCCUUAAUUUUGGGCCUCAAGCCCUCGUCUAAAAGUCCUCUCCCAGCGCAAUUAGCUCCGUUCCGAAGCGGAGAUCGCUAAAAAUCACCCUGAAUUGGUGCGGCUGAGAUGACCCUUGGUAUGGAAGCUUCAGCUCUGCAAGCCCUGUCACACAAUAUUGGUUCUGGCCCUCUAGUGGCGUUUUGAUCUGCCCAGGGGGGAUCAUCUUAGCCGCAUUGCCGCUCUGCGCGGGCUCCUUCAUAAUAUUCUUCUCCUGCAAUCGCGUUGCUUGUUUUUUUACUUGGUUGUUUCCUCGUGCAUCUCUUUCUACUUCUUCAUUCUUGGUACCAAUUUUCUCCAGCUUUGGCCUGCAGGUUCACAGGUUCACCAUGCGGUCAACUUCACAGGCUCUUAUGCUUGGAGCUAUGCUCCAGGCAGUUAACGCAGUGGACGUCGCUCGCGCUGUCCAACGGAACCAAGUACGCGAUGUACCAGCAGCAAUAACAGGAGCCCCGUACGGUAUGAUCCACGAAGCAGAGCUGCUUGUCGGCCACAACGGACUUCACGCACGGCAAGCAGCCUCUUCCAGCGAGCCUCUGGUGGUCACUAUCGCGCCCGACGCAACAUGCGGAUACUUGUCUGGGCAAGCAGGCGCUGCAGUCACCUGCGACAAUGGUCGCCCGUGUUCAUGGGCCGCUGUGAGUCGUAGCGGUCUCGUCGGUUGCGGCUCAGAGAUUUAUAUCCUUUGCGUCGAGUCCAGUAUAGCCGUCAAUCCUAGUUCAUGCGAUGAUGUGUGCCAGAGUAACACUUUCUAUCUUAAAUGCACCGACUCAGACACGCCUUACUGCCGCACGUAUAACUUCCCAAGCGGUGUUGCCGACUAUCGCUGUGCAUCCACGCCCGUCGAAAAGGCACAAUCUGUCGACUUCACAUACGACGGCCAGAAGAAUGCCAAUUUCAAGACUACGACUCUCAGCGACGGCAUCGCUUCACAGUCACUAACGGCUACGGCUAUCAACUCUGAUAGCGGUUCUGCUGGCCAGGCAAGCCAGACGGAGACACAAUCAGAAACAACGACUACUUCGGAAGCUCCUGAGCCUACCAAGAAGAGCAAGUCAACGCCUGUCGGCGCUAUCGUCGGCGGUGUAGUCGGUGGUGUCGCUCUCAUCGGCCUCAUCGGUCUUGGUGCCGUCUGCCUGCUGCGCAGACGCAAAAAGGCUGAACCCGCCCCAGCACCAGCUCAACCAGUCAUGGCUCAGCAACAAGUUCCUCCUCCGGCGCCCAUAAACCAGAACCCAUACCCUCAGCAACAGCACUACCAACCAGCUGCACAGCCUUAUCCUGACCAUAACAUGGCUGCAUCUCCUGCCCCAUCGGAUGCUCGUAUAUCGAUGAUGAGUGGACCUAUGUCAAGCGUCGGACCAGCUUCGCCCGGGGGAUGGCAUCAACAACCAUCGCCUCCGCCAGCGUUUCACACACCUGCGCCUGCUUAUGAGAUGGCUGGUCCUGAGGCGCGUGAGCAGGAGCCGGUCUAUGAGAUGGGUUCUGACUCUGUGAAGAAGUAAAAGGUCAACAUUCGUUCAGCUAUUAAUGCAUUGCUCGGUAGUUUAUUUAGAGUAGUCACGAUUUGGAUUUAAUACGGAUCUCUCAUGAGUUGCAUUGAUUCCCUAGUGACGUUUAAUCCAUAUUGACCAAUUCCCA